AUGGGAGACCUUGAAAUGGCCCAGCACCACUUUCUCAGUGGUCUUGAAGCAAGCUACCUGAAGCCUUCAGCAAAGUUGGAAGAGGGCAAGGUGGAACCAAAGAAAUCUUCCUCGGGCAAGAAGUCCAUGAGAAAGUCCAGCAGCUUUGAAGAGCGCGAAUUUUAUGUGCACGAAAAGCCCUUUGUAUUGAAGUCCAAACCAACCGCCGCCAAGAAGGCUGAUGUCGUCAAACCGCAACGGGCAGCCAUCCUCUUCAAUCUGGGGGUAACAUAUCACAAGAGGAGCGCCGAUCUAGUGGGCCGUGAAAGCAAAGAAUCACUCAAGACGGCCAUGGGGUAUUAUGACCAAUGCUUGAAGAUGCUGGAACGAGAAAGACUUCUCACAGUUAUUCCAGAGCUGUGUUUCCUGGCUCUGAACAACAAGGCCAGCAUCUACUUUGAGGUUGGGGCAUCCAAGCAGGGUUACAAGACCGUCCAGCUGCUUUGCUGCAUGAUGAAGCGCAAAGAGCUCAAUCAAAGAAUACGCAUCUCAAAAGACACCAUGCACAACAUCCUGUUUAAUGUGCAAUAUGGGCCACCAGCACUGGCAGCAGCAGCAUAA